CCAGUCAGUUGACAGGGCAAAACACGGCAGUAGAUCAGUGGUGGUGGGGGGGCAGAAAGAAAAGACAGGGGACAUGGAGCAUCGGGUGGACAGAGUGGGCCUGCUGUCCCCUCUGGAGGAGUCCAGCGCGGAGAUCAGCAGGGACAGCGGCAUCGUGUCUCAGAGCGCCAGCAGCCUGUCCAUGGUCAGCGACCUGUCCAGCAGCGGCACCGUGUCCCAGAGCCCCAGCUUCGGUGCAGCCGCCGCGGCUAACGUCGUCUCCCGGAGCCCGAGCCUCCUGAGCCAGGCGGCGGCGGCGGAGCACGGGACCGCCGAGCAGCAGCAGCACGACGCGGAGCAGGACGACGAGGUCCUGAGACAAACCGCGCAGCAGUACUCGUCCUACAUCAGAGCCACGGCCGGAGAAGAGAUCCUGUGCUUGGAGAAAAGUCUGGAGGAAAUGCUGACAAGAGUCGAUGAGUUUGUGGGGAUGCUUGACAUGAUCCGGAACGAUACCACCCAAAUCGUGAAUGAAAAUCUACCGAAAAUACAACACAGGUCUGACGAAAUGAGACAGAUUUAUAGAAGAAUUGAUAAAUUGGAGGCCUUUGUGAAGAUGGUCGGAGCAAACGUCAGUGCAAUGGAGGAGCAGGUCACGCAGGCAGAGGCGGACCUGGGAACACUACCGAGCGCUUUCAAAAAGAUCCUUCGCACGAUGGCUGUCCCAGGAUUCCUAAAUAAACAGGCCAGCCCACGCAGACGAGCCCCACAUCAGCACCAAGAGGUCCCCAGCGUGUUCCGGACAGACGACUACUUCUCAUCGCAGCCAGAACAGUGACAGGACUGUUGAAUCCAAGCCUGGUUCUGACCUCGGAGGCCUGUUUAAAUAAGAGAGACUGGACUGUCAACUGCCAUCCCUCUGAGGAGGAUCUAUCUAUGGUGCAAGUGGCCUCCAGAAGCAAUAGUAGCUUUUCCUGAACAAGUCACUGGACGUCAAAGGAUAAUUUACCAGUUUCAUGUCAUUUUCUUUAGGCGGCGACGAGCACUGAGCUGUAGCAACGUGUUAUUUUUUCUUUUAAAAGUGCCUACAGGGAUCUUCUGUAUUUCAAUUUUGUGGAGAGAAAACUGAUGGUUAACCUUUGAAAAGUUGUCAUGCUUGUUUAUACGGCACAGCGAAGACGGUCCAGUAGAUGUAACGGACACAAAGUGAUCCCAGCCUCUUUUUCUACAAAAAUCCAUCCCUGUAUCUGGUCUUUGUACAGAUCUGCACGCUGAACUAAUCUCCCCAGCAAUAUUGCUAUUACCCAAUUAAGCAUUUAAUGUCUUCCAUAUCCAAAUAUUCACUUCAUAUCUAGCCUUAUCUUACUGGCUGUGGAGGAUGGUUGCUUCACUGACAUGGGGCUACAGAUUUAAUAGCCCCUUUUUUUUAAUAGAACAAAGCACAGGUGCAAGGACUUGUAGUUUUAGUUUUGUGUGCCACACUCGUAACGUAAAGGUUUUUCACCACAAGCUGUGAUUUAUCACAACAGGAAACUUUGAUUUCAUCUCAGCGCCAUGUGAUGUGGCCCUAACCCUCCGAACAAGGUGUCACAGCCAAUUAUUUAUAGUUUUUUUUUUUUUUUUGCCAAAAAUGGUUGCUACAGAUCUCCUUUUUACAGGUUAAUUUUGGUUUAAUUUUUUAAAAUAACCAAUAAAAUGUAUUUAAGUCAAGCUA